CUCACCUGACAUAAUAUUGUAGAAUUUCCAUCGACGGAUAAAUGAUUAAAUAAUUAAUUAGUGUAUAAUAAUGUUUUUAAAUGUUAACAAAGGCGAUAAAAUGGUUUCAAAUUAUAAUUUAUAUUCCUUAUAAGGAACCCUAAUCUUAUAAGUUAUAAUGCAAGUAUAUUGUUACUGCUGAAACCACAGUUUUGAGCAUGUAAGUACAGUCGGUAGUAAACAUAACUCUACAAAAAUGUUGAAACACUGCAUUUAUUGCUUAUGUUAUGUUUAUCGUUUCUAUAAACAACCAAAAAAACGAAAUAAUGCAAUUAACGAGAUCAUACCUCAUCACACGAUCAGUCAAUAUGAUCACAUGUACCUUUACAUAGUAAAACAACCUGAGUGGUUAGUGGUCAACAGGCCGCAAUACUACGCAAGAAGUCCCGGGUUCGAUUCCCGGCUGGGCAGAAAUUGAAAUGAUGAAUUUUAAUUCCUGUGAUGGGUCUGGGUGUUACUAUGUAUAAUGUGUACCUAUGUAUUUAAAUAGUUUUUAAGUAGUAUAUCCAAUGGAUAUUAUGUAUUAAGCUAGCACCCAUAACACAAGCAUUUUAGUUGCUUACUUUGAAACUAGAUGGCGCUGCGUGAUAUUAUUCAAAGAAAGAAAGAAAGAUAGUAUGUUUAAGAAAUAAUCUAAAGUAUGUAACAAGAAAAAUAUCCUAAUAUGAAAAAAAAAUCAUCAUUUUUUUACGCCGACUGUACCUACACUGAUUAUGCGGACGUCUGAGUAAAUUGAAACUUUUGUUUUUCACAAAUGUUAAUGUUAAUCAGCAAUAACAUUUUGUAAUUGCUGAUUCUAUAAAAAAUUUUGGCCAGUGAUCGUAAACCCUGUGUUUGAAGGUUACUUUUGUAAUUAUACAUUAUAUUUUACCCGUUAACUAAGCGGUACAAAUGGAAAAAAUGUUGACUACCUCUUUUGCUGAUCUUGCAUUAUUUUUAGAUAAAUUAUGACCUCCAAAUCGAUAAAAUUUAAUAACUCCAGUAGUGCCACAUAGUGCUCAUCAACCUUCAAGGUUAAGGUAUUCUUCAGCUUCAAGACCAAUCUACAGCAACGAAAUAAUGUUCGUAAGUUUUUUUAACUUUUUUCCUUGUGUGUUUUAUGAGAAUAAUAAUGUGCAUAAUUAUGAACUUAGGCAGUUCGAUUUUUACAAGUUGUUUACUGUAUGUUGUUAUUGAAUGUUCAAUACAUGUAUUGUAUUGAACAUAAUAUGUCGUACCUGCAUCAUAAUUUCGUCUUAUAACUUUAACUCUAUAUUUUACAGGUCGGACUUUGAGUAUUACUGCGACAAAAAAGCAGUUGCCAAGCGGCACGGAAAUAAACGCGAAGACAUAGAUUCUGAAGAGGAAACAUCUUGUAAAAGGUUGAAGCAGCAGAGACCGCGAAAAACAGCCAAACAUUUAUUUGACGACUCUGAAGACGAAUCAGUUAAUAAACCGUUGAAGCAGAAACCUCGAAAAACGGCCAAACAUUUAUUCGACGACUCUGAAGAGGAAUCAGUUAAUAAACCAACUAAAUCAUCAGCGAAAAAGUCGUCUACCAAACGCAAGUCAGCAGAGAGCUCGAGUGGAGACAAACGAACUCGAACCUCAGGGUGGAAGCUGGACUUGGACGACGACGCGGACGUCGAGAGCAGUCGCGCGCGCAGCCAGCCCGGCCGCCUGCAGUCCGUGCUGACGCGCCGAGUGGCCGACGGAGUCCUGCGCCGCACCGCCUCUCUGCCUGGGGAUCUCUUCGUGGAGUUGCGCCUCUACAACGCGGACGAGAUACGAGCUGUGCAGCCGAAAGAUCGUUGGGAGAAGGCGGUAUUGUCACUCAAAUACCAAAGCAGCUCUAACGCCGAACAUCUUGACCUACUGCGGCAAUUCGUCACGCGUGCGCGAGAGGCAUUCGAAGAGGACGGUACUUUUUUCGCUGAUAAAAAAAAUAGUUCGUAAUUUGUUAUUAAUUAGUUAUUUAAGGUAAUAAAAUAAAAUACUUUUUUAUAUCUUAGUUUUUUCACCCAGUCUAUUUAAUUUCAUUCAAAGUUGUUAGGUAGGUUUUAAACUUUUUUAUAAUGUCUCAAAGAACGAUAUAUUGCACAGUGUGCGAUUUAUCAAUUAAAAGUAAUAGUUUCUCAGCUCAUCUCAAAAGUAAUACACAUAAAAAUAAUUCAGCAAUAGAAUUAGGAGAUGGUAUAGAAAAAAUAAGUAGUGCAUUCCGUAGUCGAAUAGCUACGUAUCGAUUGCGCAAUAGGGAUGAAGGCGUGCAGACGCCAGCCGAGUUCCUGCGCAGCAUGCGUGCGCGCGUGCGGCAACUCAUACAAGCGCGACAACUAGCAUUUAACAGCCUUAAAGUCAACUUCGAAUUAUUUGCAGAAUUUUCUCUUAGAACUAAUGACUCUAACAAAUCUGAGCUAAAAUCAUUUGCUACAGAGAACUUUACCAUACAUAAGAACUACGCGUUUGAUGAAAUAUUCUCACAAGCAAUAGCUAUUAUUUCAACUAAAAUUGACGAAAUGCAAGAAAGGGACAGCGGUUGGUCUUUUCUCCGUAAUUCGCACUUAGAAAUUAACAUAAACAAAUUUAAUCCUUUAAAAGCAUCUCAAUUUAUAGAUUUACCUAAAGCUUUAAAACUAAAACGAGCUUGUAUUAAUGUUCAAAACAGAGAUAAAUUUUGUUUUUUGUGGAGCAUAAUGGCAGCAUUGUUUCCUGCUAAGAGUAAUGCUCACCGAACUUCUUCAUAUCCUCAUUUUGAGAACGUUCUCAAUACAAAAAACAUGUCAUUUCCUGUAAAUUUUUCGGAUAUAAAAACUUUUGAAAAGAAUAAUCCCAGUAUAAGUGUCAAUGUUUAUGGAAUUAAAAACAACACUAAUAUUGUUGGACCAUUAUACCGCACUCAGAACAAGAAAAAGAACCAUAUAAAUUUAUUAUUUUUAGAAAAGGGAAAUCUAACGCAUUAUUGUUGGAUAAAAAAUGUAAGUCGUUUGUUAAGGUCGCAAAUAACAAAAAACCACAACAAAAUAUUUUUUUGUGAUGAUUGUAUGGUGUUCUUUAAAAACGAAAUUAAAUUAAAUACUCAUAUAUGCGGUGGCGUUGCUACUGUUUUACCAAAACCCGGCACACUUAUACAGUUUAAAAACUAUGAAAAAAUGCAAGACAUGCCGUUCGUUAUUUACGCGGAUUUCGAAUCGUUAUUACAACCAAGUCCAAACGGACCGACUUCAAAUUCUACGAACGUCUUCCAAAAACAUGUUCCGGCUGCAUUUGCAU